AAGGAGGCAUAGUUGGGUGCAGCAGCAACCCUGCCGCUCUUCUGCUGCUGCUGCUGCGCGCUUUUCACUUUCCGUUCUUUCAGUUUGUCGAGAACGUUUGAACGCAACGGGACUUGGAAAUCGUGCGUGCAAGCUGAGCAAAAGCAAAAGCAAAAGCAAAAAAAAAAAAUAACAAAUUGCAAGCAAGCAUUGAGGAAGAAAUAUGCAAAAAAUAGUGCAGAAAUAAAAGCCACAAGCGUCAGGCAAAAAUGUGCGGGCAGCGUGAAAAAAGCUAAAACGAGAACAAGUGUAAAAAUGUAAACUACAGCACGCACACACACACACAUCCGCACAUCGCAUACAUGAAUGUAAGUUGCUGCAGCGCAGAGAAGCAUAAAAAUUUCCCAUUUCCCCGGCGAGAACAACAAUAAAGCGAAAAUGACAGCAAUACAUUUAAGCAAUAAGAAAAUGCUUGGCAAGCAGCGCCAAAUGACAACAAGACAACAACACCAAUAAAGCAAGAUGUAAAGCAAAGAAAAGAUAGCGAGUGAGUGAGAGCGAGAGAGAGUGCUAAGGAAUUCAGAAAACUCUACUUGCAUCCAAACGGAGAAAAGAAAGAAACCCGUACUCAAUCAAAGAAGAUAAUAUAAUAUAAGAUAUUGAAAUAAAACAAAAAAAAAGCUGCCGUUCAAGUGUGAAAGCUUUAACUAGAACUAAGUCCAAGUGAGCCAAAAAUUAAAAGAGGAGAUAAGGAAUUUGACAGGUGACGCUCCACCACAGAAAAUCCAUAGAAUACAGAUCACAGAUCAGCCUCCAUUGACCGCGGAAUACCUCGAAAUCGCCCCGUCCCACCCCCACCCCCUCGUAAUCGUCUUGGGACACUGAAACAUUCCACCACACAGUAUGGCCUCGGUCGCCGCUUGGCUGCCCUUUGCACGGGCGGCGGCCAUCGGUUGGGUGCCGAUAGCUACGCAUCCAUUGCCACCGCCUCCGAUGCCCAAGGAUCGUCGCAAAACGGACGAUGAGAAGCUGCUUAUAAAUGUAUCCGGCCGACGUUUUGAGACCUGGCGCAACACACUGGAAAAAUAUCCGGACACGCUGUUGGGUUCAAAUGAGCGUGAGUUCUUCUAUGAUGAGGAUUGCAAAGAGUAUUUCUUUGAUCGGGAUCCGGACAUAUUUCGACACAUACUCAACUAUUAUCGCACCGGUAAAUUGCAUUAUCCGAAACACGAAUGCCUCACCAGCUACGACGAGGAGCUGGCCUUCUUUGGCAUCCUGCCGGAUGUCAUCGGUGACUGCUGCUAUGAGGAUUAUCGCGAUCGGAAGCGCGAAAACGCCGAACGCCUCAUGGAUGACAAGCUAUCAGAGAAUGGAGAUCAGAAUCUGCAGCAGUUAACCAACAUACGCCAGAAGAUGUGGCGUGCCUUUGAGAAUCCACAUACGUCAACCAGUGCGCUGGUCUUUUACUAUGUCACCGGCUUCUUCAUAGCCGUCUCCGUCAUGGCCAACGUGGUGGAGACGGUCCCCUGUGGCCAUCGACCCGGACGUGCCGGAACUCUGCCCUGUGGCGAACGCUACAAGAUCGUCUUCUUCUGCCUGGACACCGCCUGUGUGAUGAUCUUCACCGCCGAAUAUCUGCUGCGUCUCUUUGCCGCGCCGGAUCGCUGCAAGUUUGUCCGCAGCGUCAUGAGUAUCAUCGAUGUGGUGGCCAUCAUGCCCUACUACAUUGGUCUGGGCAUCACGGACAACGAUGAUGUCAGCGGCGCCUUUGUCACGUUGCGUGUGUUCCGCGUUUUUCGCAUUUUCAAAUUCUCCCGCCACUCGCAGGGUCUUCGCAUCCUCGGCUAUACGCUCAAGUCAUGCGCCAGUGAACUGGGCUUUCUGGUCUUCUCACUGGCCAUGGCCAUCAUUAUAUUCGCCACGGUUAUGUUCUAUGCUGAGAAGAAUGUAAAUGGCACCAAUUUCACAUCCAUACCGGCGGCCUUCUGGUACACCAUUGUCACCAUGACGACGUUGGGCUACGGUGACAUGGUGCCGGAGACAAUAGCUGGCAAAAUAGUUGGCGGUGUUUGUUCGCUGAGCGGAGUGCUGGUCAUCGCCUUACCUGUACCUGUAAUUGUAUCGAACUUCAGUAGAAUUUAUCAUCAGAACCAGCGUGCGGAUAAGCGUAAAGCGCAGAGGAAAGCUCGACUGGCGCGCAUACGGAUUGCCAAGGCAUCUUCGGGAGCUGCUUUCGUUAACAAGAAGAAGGCGGCGGAGGCACGCUGGGCAGCACAGGAGUCGGGCAUUGAGCUGGAUGACAAUUAUAGGGAUGAGGACAUCUUUGAGCUGCAGCAUCAUCAUUUGUUGCGGUGUCUCGAAAAGACAACGGAUCGUGAAUUUGUCGAGUUAGAAAUACCAUUUAAUGGCCAGCCAAAGCGACCGGGCUCGCCCUCGCCGAUGGCCAGUCCCGCCCACUCGACGAACAGCGCUGCGGGUCUGUUGCAAUCUUGCUGCGGACGCUGCUGUUCCCAGCGUUAUCAGGCAUGUGGCAAGUAUAUGCCAGCUGCCAGCAAUGCUCAAAAUAGCCAAAACAAUCAGCCAAUGGAUGGCACCUACCUGGUGGAAGCCUCGUUCUGAGCCAGCAGUGGAUGAGGGCGAAGCUGAAGCUGAACAUGAAGAUGAAGACGAAGCUGAUGAUGAUGCUGAUUUACGUUUACAUUUAGUCUAACUUGAAAAGUUUUUUAAACUAAAUUGAAUUUGUUGUAGACACACAAAAAAAAAAAAAAACAAAACAAACAAUGUGUAAUCUAAAAAUCUCUAAAAUCUGAUUUUCGAGUUAAUGCAAAGUACGAUAUUUAAUUAAAUUAUUUGCAAAAACAACAAAAAGCAAACAUCUGAAUGUGUAAAAUGUAAUUAAAAUACAAUAAACACGAAGAACAAUACAUAAGCCACUCAUGAAAGAGGGUAAUCAUAGAAAGUAUGAGAAAAGAUGAAGAAUAGAAACACCCAAAACUUAAUUACCAAACGGCAAAGUCGGAUUUGAUUAGCGAGGCCACGUUAAUAAACAUAUAAAAUAAAUAAAUAUUAAUAAUACGCAACACUAUUUACUUUAUAUAGGUGACAAGACAACAACAAGAACACAAGAAACAGAAGCAUUUUAGAGGAAUUUACUGUGUAUGUUUUUAAGAGGGCAUGAGCAAAAAAAUAAAAAAUAAAAUAACAUAACAUAAUAGAAUUGAAAAUAGAUUGAAGAACGUAAAUUAUCGAACGUAAUGUACUCACUCAAGCAAGUUGCAUUGGGUCCAAAAGCAAACACAAAAACAAAAACAUAAAGUAAACGUAAACGAAAGAAAAAUCGAUGGAACUUAAAGAAAUACACAGCAAACAUCGUGAGCAAACGAUUUGUGUAGUAGCAAAAACAAA